AUGUCUCCUGCCACGAAUUCGGUUUCUACGCCUCAGCUGAGAACAAGAAAUCAAAAUCCACACGUUCCUCAUGAAGUUAGGCCUCUUCCACACUCGCCUACUCAACAUUCUGACGCCAUGUCCCCAGUGUAUCAUCUCCCAGAAUUCGUCAAUUCACCACCGAAGAAUCCCGAGACUUCUCCAAAACGUGAGAGCAAGUUGCAGAGACUUAGUCGUGUAAAGGACGAGUGUAUACCAACGAGGCAGAUAGAUAAACAUCUAGAGAGUGAGAUCACAGAAAUGCAAAACCAGAUAGAUGCCAAGGAGAGAGAAUUGAAGUCCUGCAGGCGAAGAGCUGAUGACCUAUCCUUUAAAUUGGAUGUUAUUCGUAGAUGGUGUGAGUGGCUAACUCAACCACCGGGAAGACAUGUUCCUCGGCCCAAUACCAAUCCAUACUUUGAGGCUGAGGAGGUAGUUAAUUAA